AUGCUUAAAUUUCUUGAGAAUAGAGAUCUUUAACCUACAAAGAGAGGAAAGGAUAUAAUGAGAUAUGAAAGCUCAAGUCACCUCCCGAACAAUCGAUAAUUUAAUAGUCCCUUACAUCAAGAUGCCUUAAUCUAAAAUGAUAAACCUACAUAUUACAUUACAAAAAAAUUACCUCCUGUUCAAAUCUAUAAUCCUUUAGUUUAAACCACAGAUUCAGUUGAAAGACCAGAAUAUAUUGUUAAACAAAAGGACAUCUACAUCCCAAGAUAUCUGAAUGAAUAUAAGACUAAAGGUUUUAAGAAGAAGUAGGGAAUAUUUGAGUCAUACUAGCAUUUAUUAGCUUAAAAUAAAUCUUUGAUCUAAGGUAUUCAUACUGAUAAAAAACCAUCAUCACUGCCUCCCAUUAGAAUUCAUAAAAAAGAAUAGUCUACAUUGAAUAUACCUGCAUAAAUUUCAACUAGAAGUUACCAAAAUUAACAAGUUGAUUAACGUUGCUUUAAGAGUAUAUCUUAGAACAUUUAUUCUGUCAAUAAUAGAUCUAUUGAUAGCGAAUAGAAUAAAGCUAAGUAUAUCACAAAUACCACUUAACAAAAAUAAAGAAACUCUCAUAAAUUAUUAACAGAAAAUAAAGGUAUCCAAGUCAACUUUGAAAAAGACUCAAGUCAUAAAAUAACAGAAUUCUCAGAAGAUUAAACUUAUAACUUUAAUUUUUAGUAUCAAUAAAAAUAGGAGGAUUAAGAAGAAAAGGAAAGACAGAUGAGAGAAUUAAGUAUUUUUGAUAAGAAAAUCAAAGAGUUUAAAGAAUAAUAAAAAUUGAAAUUAUACAAAAAAGAAGUUUCUUGA